UGCCCUCCCUCGUCUCUGCUCUCACCUCCUCUUGCACUUUGCUACUGCUCUUCCUUGACCCCUGCCGUAGGCCGAUCGUCAGACGAUCGGCCAACGAACCGACCACCCGCGUUCGCAACACCCGCACAUUUCCCCCCCUCCGCACAUUUCCCCCCGGCGCGCGGCCGGCGCAAGGCAGCGCGAUCCACCGAGAGCUGACCUGUUUCUCCCGCGUCGCCCCGGACCAUCCGCCGAGCUCACCUCGAGUUGUUGCGUUGUUUGAACUGUCGUCGGGCGACCGGCAGUAGCUGUUCAUCGGCUUGCGCCUUGCCCUUUGCCCUCUUGCCCUUGCCCGUGUAACACAACGCUAUCGGUCGGCCGCCAGCGCGACGCACGAUGGUGGUACGUAUUCGCCUGGCUCGAUUCGGGCGGAAAAACCUCCCUUUCUAUCGACUUUUUGUUGCCGACAGCCGAUCUCCGAGAGAUGGGAAGCACAUCGAAAUGGUCGGGCACUACGAUCCGCUCCCAGGAAAGGAUGGAAUGAAGCGAGUAGGCCUGGACUUCGAGCGGAUUAGGUACUGGCUUUCAGUGGGUGCUCAGCCUUCGGAUACCGUCGCUAGGCUUCUUGGCAAAGCUGGUAUUCUCCCUCAGUUCCCACGACGCAAGGCAGCUCAGCAUGCGGAUCGGCCGGCAAACGCUCCAGCUACUUCAUCUGUGCCAGAGUCAGAAGGGAAGGGGGGGGGGUCUGUGCUGUAAUAACAUCUAAUGGCUGUGCUUGGAAGUGUGGAUUUUGUGGGGCAUUCUGGAGGAAGAAACCCACGUUACACUGAAUUGCAUACGGCAAGUUGGCAAGCAUCUGCAGAGCAUGGCUAUGAUGUAAUGAACCCACUGAAUCGUGAAUACUUGUUCCAAGCCAUGCAUUAUGCUGCGUUGGGAAGACAAUGAGGGGUGUUCAGGGAAGGAGAGGGACGAGUUUUCAUCUUGCUUAGAGCAAUAUGAGGAGGAGGUGCAGUUCACGAUGGCUUGGGCCAUAUUAAGCCAGCAAUAGCGUCGAACUUCCGGUGGCAGGGGGGUGGGGUUGAGGGGGAGGAAGAGGGAGAGGGCUUCCAUCCAAGUAUAAGUGUGGGGUUAUGGGGAGGUUGUUGGCAAUCACAGGGUCGUUCGCAAUCGCAGCAUGAAGUAAACCCUGUCGUUACGG